GAACCCCUUUUUGUGUUGCGUUGCAAAUGAAAAAUCCAACCAUGGAUGGAUCUCUACUCUACCUCCAUAGAUGGGUGGAGCUAGCUAGUUGCAACAACUAGGAUGGAGCCUCCAUGGAUAGAGCAACAAUUGUUCACACCGUACAUCGGCAUAACGCUAGAUGGGUGUUGGGGUCAAGGAUGGGGCUAGGCCGGAACCAUUAAAUUCAACCAUGCAUUCCUCCAGAAACCUGCGACUCCUGAGAGCCAGUUUCACCAUGGCCGAUUCAAAACCGAAACGUCUUGCGUUGUGGACCUGUGCUCGCUCCCUCUCCACAGCCAUGGUGAUGAGCUUCGGUAACUAUGGAAACGUUGAAGUCUUCAAUGAGAUGUAUACCGGUGCAUGCGCCUUCGGUCCAGAUCGAAAAAUGGGAGUCGAGCUACCGUUUCCCGUGGAGGAAUCGCUGACCUUUGAGAAUGUGAAAUCCCAGAUGGAGGCUGACUACCCCAACAAGGAUCUUGUGUUUAUCAAAGACCACGCGGCUGGAAUGUUUGGUCACUACGAUCAACUUCCAGACGGCUUCACCCAUGCUUUCAUCAUUCGCAACCCAGAGAAGACAAUCGCAUCGGGUGUGAAGCUGGCUGCAAAGACCAAUUUUUCCCCCGAAGAGUAUCUCCAAACGUAUAAAAUCUUCGCCAAUUUUGAUGGGUACGCUUUCGGCGAUUUAGUGGCCCUAGCAGACCAUAUCGAGAAGGUCCUUGGGCAGCAUUUGGUGAUCCUGGACGCAGAUGACCUCCAGCGUGACCCCGAAAAGAUGCUGCGUUUAUUCUGCAAGGCGGUGGGGCUCCCGUUCCGAGAGUCCCUUCUGAAGUGGGAACCCAUUGAAGAGAUCCCAUGGCAUAAUUCUCAGUCACUGCUGACGAUUCACAAAGCAAAUGGAGCUUAUGAGGCUGCCCUGAAGAGUACUGGUUGGAUUACCGGAGAGCCCAAGUCUGCAGAUCUCUCUCAACUCCCACAGAUUGUUCUUGAUGCAAUUGAAGAAGCUCGUCCUUUCUAUCAGACCCUUUAUGAAAAGAGACUCAUGCCUGAUGAUUGAGGGUUAGACUCCAAAUAAAGGUUAUCAUCCUGAAAUAUUAAAAUUGUUUACUUGACUUACAAUAUGCCUUCACCUUCUUAGAUUUACAAUACCUAGAACUAUCAGCACCUUAGCCCUAUAGACUUACAGUAUAUAACUUCACCAUCUUAGACUUAUACUAUAGACUUUCGCUAUAUAAGACUUGCAAUAUAGAACUUCACCAUCUUAGACUUACAAAUAGAACUUCACCAUCUUAGACUUACAAUAAAGAACUUCACCAUCUUAAAUUUACAAUAUAGAACUUAUACUCAAAAUAUGGAACUCCGCCAUCUUAGACUUACUGGUAAAUAGACCCCCACCAUCUUAGAUUUACAAAUAGUUCUUUCACCAUCUUAGACUCACAAUAUAGAACUUCAUCAUCUUAUAGAACGUCACCAUCUUAGACUCACAACAUAGAUCUUCACCAUCUUAGACUCACAAUAUAGAACUUCAUCAUCUUAUAGAACUUCACCAUCUUAGACAUACUGUACACUAUAGACUUUCACCAUAAAGUAUAGAAUUUCACCAUCUUAGACUUACAAAUAGAACUUCACCAUCACUUGUCUUUGACUAUAGACUUUCACCAUAUUAGACUUUAUAAAAUAUAGAACUUCACCAUCUUAGACUUACAAAUGGAACUUUGAACACCAUCUUAGACUUACAAAAUAGACCCUCACCAUCUUAGACUUACAAAUAGACCUUUACCAUCUUAAACUCACAAAAAUAGACCCUCACUGUCUUAGACUUAUAAAUAGAACUUCACCAUCUUAGACUUACAAAAAAGACCCCCACUAUCUUAGACUUACAAAUAGAACUUCAUCAUCUUAAACUCACAAUAUAGAACUUCACUUUCUUAGACUUACAACCCUCACCUGUGACUAAUGUACAAUGACGGUAUGCAAUCCAGCACAGCUAAUCAUUUGGUGCCUCAUUUAGUUUAAACUACAUCAAUAGGGAAAAAAACAUACAGGAAUUAGUUACUAACAAUUACAUACUAGUAACUAGGACAAAGGACGAAAUAAAACAAUCAUAUCAGCAAACCAUACAACGAAAAAAGCAAGAUUUAAAAAAAAUACACACAAAAUGAAGACACACUCAAAAAUGUAUACAAUAUUCCCUUUGAAGACUUCUAUCCCUGUAAUUCUAUUGUAUUGUCCCCAUAGAGCUAUAGUGCCUGUAUAACGGGGUGUUACUCUCUAGUCAAUAUAUAUAGCUCUAUUUAUUCCCAUAGACUUCUCACACAUAAAGAUUGGUUAAAGAGCACCCCAGUCCGUGUUUUGUCAUCGGUCUCCAUGAGGUACAUGAGUAUGAGCACUAGGCACAUUAUUCACACAGACAAUCUUAACAAAGAUCAAACUAAAAGGCUAUAAUUUUUCUGUGCGUUUUUUUUUGUUUGUGCUAAAAGUGGAUCAGUUUUUGUUUUUGCUUGUAUAGGCCUAUGCCUCUGACGAAGGUCCGGUUUGGAUCGGAAGCUUUUAUUAUUAUAUAUGUGAACAAAAUAUAAAUGCAAAUUUCAGUACUGACUAGCAGAUGUCAUCAGUACAUUUGUAUAUUAAUUGUGCGUUGUACUAAGUGAUAUUGCCGAAAUAGCAUUCCUAAUGGUUCUAUCCACCUCCGCAGAAACGGGAUUACUUUUUCAAGGAUAGAUUUACACACUAGAUGAGCAUGCAUAUAAAAUAGUUGGACUAUAGUUUUAAUGCAAUAUUGUUAGCUUACGUAUUGUGUAUUGUACUUAAAGUAUCAUUCGCCGAAAUAGCAUUCCCUACUUGUUGCUUCUACCUCUGAAAUCAGUAAUGGUAUUAAUUAUUUUAAAGAUAGAUUUACAUAUAGACUAGUUGAUGUAAAUGUAAAAUGAUUGAACUAUAUUUUUAAUGCAACAUUAUUAGCUAACACUAUAGAAAACCGCAAAUACCAUUUUAAAAUUGCAUAUUUGAAACGAUGAGUUUUUAAACCAAAAGGGCCUGGCAGAUAUGUUUUUUGUUACAGCUUUAUUAGACAGAAACACAUUAUAUUGCCAUAUGAAAAUUGCAUAGUUUAGAAAACUAUGGGAUUUUUUAUCAUCGAUGAUGCCAAAAUUUUGAAAUAAAAUUUCAGACCCUGGUACGUUUGAAAAAUAUGGAAUAGUAGACAACAAAUAAUUAUCAUUUUAGGUCAUACGUCUAAGAAAACUAUAUAAUGCAAACAAACGUUAAAUUUGAUAAAGGAUGCAAGGUGUUGAACUAAAGGUACCGACCUUGAAUUGGUUUAUGUUUUAAUAGGCCAGGUACAUUUUGAAUAAAAUUUAAAUUAUGGAAUAAUAUUAACAUAAAGUGACUUGACACAUUUUCUAUAACGUAGCUAAUGCGAAAAUUCUGAAAUAAAGUUCCAUUUUAUUAAACUAUAUACUCACACGAAAUAAAAGUUAUAAAUCGGUGAAUGGAA